CGCGUGAAUCCCACUGUCCCUGGAAAACUUCAAGCACUCACCCAUCCCUACCUUUAAAUAAACCCUACAAACACCUUAUCUAAACUCUCUUUCCCUGUCUCUCGCUUUAUGGUGCUUUGACCCAUCCAUCUCCUCUGGUUUUGUACCUACAAGCCCAUUCCAUUCACACUACUGGCAACUGGCUUCUAAACCUUAUGCAAAGGGAUUUCUUGGCAUUUCUGUAGGUUGGAUGGUUAAUCGAUUUGUUUCUUUGGGAUGGUUGUUGGGUGUUGAAUUUUGAGAUACAGAACUAAUUCGAUUGAAAAAGAUUAGUUAUGGGAACUCUUGCAAUUGACAACGAGGAUUUGGAUUCGGAUAUAUACCUUGCUUUGGGGCUCAAAAGAUUAGGUAAAGGAGCUAUUGGUACUCCACGGAUUUUAACACUUCUUUCUUCACUCCUUGAGAAAUCUGUCCAAAAGAAUGAGAUGCAAAUAGAGACAGUGAUCGCUAAAGUCAACAUUGCAAUCUUCCAUGGCUUAAGAGUUCCCACCAUAAGCAUUCGACAAUAUAUUGAUCGAAUCUUCAAGUAUGCUCGGUGCAGUCCUUCCUGCUUUCUUGUUGCAUACAUUUACUUGGAUAGGUUCGGUCAACAAACUGAUGUGCAGUUGACUUCCCGUAAUGUUCAUCGGCUCCUUAUUACCAGUGUUAUGGUGGCAGCAAAAUUUAUUGAUGACACGUAUUUCAACAAUGCAUAUUAUGCCCGAGUGGGAGGAAUAAGCACAGCUGAAUUGAACAGGUUGGAGAUGAAAUUUUUGCUUAGUCUAGAUUUUAGACUUCAAGUGAGCAUCAAUACGUUUCAAAGAUACUGUUUACAGCUCCAAAAGGAAGGGAAUCAAGUUGAACGGCCUAUCCGAGCUUGUGGGAUUAAAGAGAGUUGGCCCAGCAAAAGUGAUACGCAGUGUGCUCCCACAAUUGCAAGAUGAAGUCAAAUUCUGAGUCCUAGAGAAUUUGGUUUUAUCAAUUCUUGUGCCAAACGUAGUUUUAGUGAUGAUUCUUCAAGGAACACCAAACUUGUUUUUUUUUUUUUGCAUAAAUUUUUAUGCCAUCAGUUGGCAUGAUUGUUUCCAUCUUUGAAGCUCUUGUUUAUUUCUUCCCUGCACCUUGUGUUUUUACCUUUCUAACCUCCUUGUGCAGAAGGCAUGUUGUAUACUAAAUGCUGACUUUGUGCUGCUCAUCAAAUUUAGUGGUUGGAGUUUCCCCAAUCCAUAUUUUUCCAA